AUGGAAAAUCUGAAUUCAGAAGCUCCAAGUCCUACAAAAGACACCAUCGUAAAGGAACAGAUACUUCUAAAAGGAAAAUGGGUGCAGCUUGAGGAAACUACAUAUGUUGACCACGAAGGAACAACAAGAACAUGGGAAACUGUAAAACGUACAACUAGAAGAGAAGGAAAUGCGGCAGACGGUGUAGCAAUAAUACCUGUACUGCAGAGAACUCUUCAUUAUGAAUGUAUGGUGCUCAUAAAACAGUUUCGACCUCCUUUAGGCUGCUACUGCCUGGAAUUCCCUGCAGGUCUUAUUGAUGAGAAUGAGACCGCAGCACAGGCCGCACUUCGAGAACUGGAGGAAGAAACCGGAUACAAAGGAGAAGUUAUGGAAUGCUCCCCUGUGUCUUGCUUGGAUCCUGGCUUGUCAAAUUGUACAACUUUUGUUGUAACUGUGCACAUUAACGGAGAUGAUAGUGUAAACAUCAAACCUAAAGCCAAGCUCGCGGAUGGAGAAUUUACAGAAACUAUCUUGUUACCAAAAAUUGAGCUGCGCAAACGCAUUGAUGAGCUGGUGGCAAAGGAGAAGCUGGUGGUUGAUGCAAGAGUCUACACCUAUGCCUUGGCUCUGGAGCACGCCGUUGCCAAGCCAUAUGAACUGCCAUUCCUAAAGGGUUAAGGCUGGUAGUUUGUAACCUGCAUUCC